AUGUCAGCCGAUAGCUGUCUGCCGGAGACACGUCCUCAGGCUUGCCAUAUUAGCUUGCCCAAAGUAUAUACAGCUCACAUAUCUUUACUCAACAGAAAAACGGAAGCCCCACGAUCACCACAACACGGAAAUGGAAGAAGAUGUGUACUCUUCCCAGAGACAGUGGAAGAGGGACCAGAGGACCAGAGAGGUAUUGACCCAAAGAUUGCCCCAAGGAUGGCCAGCGGAUUCGAGCCGCCAGAAGAGUUUCAGGACCGCUGGAAAGACUGCACCGUUAUAUUCGGUAAUGAGGAACUGAAUACGGUGAUUCUCUCACCGGACCAGCAAGUAUUGGUAGAGACUGAAGAACAACUUAUAUACCUCAAAGAUCAAGACGCCGUGAUCCGUGAAAGCGAGGUCAUGAAGUAUCGCGUGCUGGCACGAUGCCAACAUCUCGCAUGCGGCCCUACAAAGAAGCCAAAGGCCAAGGCGGAUGGAGAGGAUGUGAACGACAAUGAGGGCCUAUUACUCUCUAUCAAGAAUGGCAAGUCGGUUUACAUCGGACAGUCAAUGCACAUGGAUGGCCCUGUGUUUGCAUCGGGUAAGAACGAAGAAAAGCAUUCGGCCGGGUUCGAUUUCAAGGGCCUUAAUCUGAAGUCCGAACCGCACAAACUCAUAAUCGGCUCUGGAACAAUCCCGCAUUUCGCAGUGAGCUCGAAGUUCAAUCUCAAGAAGGCCAAGCAACUCGUACAUGCGAAAUCCCUGAAAUCAUUCUACAGAAAGGAAUGGGAAUUUCGGGCUUACAAUGAGUAUGCCGAGAGGUUGAUAGGGGAGAUCGUAUGUGGCUUUCCUUUAGAGGCCUUGGCGCAUCAAUAUAUCGAAGAAUGCCGAAUAAAGCCAGGAGACAGCCUGAAUGGGGCAUAUAGGUUCCCAAACCUAAGCCCAGGGGAAAGGAACCAGCUCCUGGAGGAGAUUUUGUCGCAUGUGGGUAUUGUGCCGGACGUCUUUCAAUUUAAGGUUCCACUUACGGCAACUUUGGAAUACCCGGAAGAGCUUGACGAGACCCUGCGAAUAUUUGCCUGGAACACCCCGAGGAUAUCCUCCCUCGGAACAUGCUACGUCUACCAUCUACUACAUCUACUGCCACCUACUCUACCACCUACUACCACCUACUACCACCUACUACCACCUACUACCACCUACUACCACCUACUACCACCUACUACCACCUACUACCACCUACUACAUCUAUUAUAA